GGGUCAGACAGACACCAAACUCUCGACACUGACAGUACUUUCUGGCUGGCAGGCAACUAACUGCCCCCGUCAAUAACCUAGCCCUGGUCUAUGCGCAAAAGCCUUUUUUUCCUCUUUCUGUCCUUCUUUUUCUGGCCAUGCAAGGGGGUCGCAGUGCACCGUGACCAAGUCAAUGGCAUGGAAGGAGUUCAAUGCGUCCUGUCAGGACUCCGCUUUCGCUGUGGGGUCGAUGGGACCUCGAAACUGGUGAAACAGACUAAGAAUCCCACAGAGGUCGAGGGGGUGAAGCACGUGGUUGGAGCGCGCAGCCGGUCGUAUUUACGUUGUAUCGUAUCAGCACAGUACGUAUCGUUACUCUUCCUGUGUAUUACACAGAGAUGGUAUCGUCUGCUUUUUGUCUGUUGCAGUUAAGCCUGAAGACAACACUCCGGAGUAUCUUUCACCAGAGAACAUUGUUCAUUAUCGGGCUCUUUCGAUGGAAAUAGAACGGAUGU